GAGUUAGAUAUCUGCUGUUGUGUAGCAUUAUUUACAUAUAAUGUUAUAUAAAACAUAUUUAUGCAUUAGAAUCCAAUUAUUCCCGUAUAAGCUAUUAGUAUUAAGUGAUUAAAUAAGUACUCUUUUUUCCGUUCUUGCCACAGAGUUCAUAACAAUCCGCUAGGAGUGUUCUGUCAGUUUUGUGAAGUUUAGUGUUUUGUGGAACACUGUACAUGUAGAGUUCUACACAAUAAAAUAAUUUUAACAGUGUUCGCGAGUUGCGGUGCGAGUGCGACUUUGUGUUUGUAAAUUGAAAUUCGCUAAUGCAAAAUAUUAAAUUAUAAAUACUCUCGGUCAAUGAUAAUUACAAUUAAGCAGUGUCCUAAUUAUAGUGAACUAAUCGACAUGAUUAAAAAUAAUAUAUUAUUUGAAUACAAAUAAACUCGUCAGAUUGCAGAGUAGAUAUUUAUAGUGAAAUCAAUUGUUGAAAGCAGCCAGCCGGUAAAUAAAAUUUAUCAUGUCUAUUCAAUGGACAUUUAUUGCUGGAUAUCUAUAUAUCGAGAUCGCCCUCGUCAUUAUUAUGAUAUCACCCAUAUUUAGUCCGAGAAAAUGGUAUCGUUUCUUCCGAUCACGACUAUUUUCAAUAUUUCAAGAGCGAACUGCUAUGUAUUUUUAUGGUCUAUUGGUUAUUUUGGGUCUGUUCUUAUUUGAUUCUAUUAGAGAGAUGAGAAAAUAUUCCAUUGGAAGCGAACCCGGUCAUAACAAGCUAGCCAGUGAAAUGAAAGGAAACGUAAAAUUAUUUAGAUCUCAAAGAAACUUCUACAUAACUGGUUUUGCUAUAUUCUUAUCAUUUGUCAUCAGAAGAUUAGUAACAAUGAUUAUUAUACAAUAUGAAUUGCAGUUAAAGGCUGAAGCGAUAAUCAAAAAAGCUGAAGACACUGUUAAUUUUGCUAAAACAACUGCUAUGACACAGAAUAUUCAAGGUGAUCUUCAAAAUUAUGAAGAAAUAAAAAGUAAAUUAGAUGAAACUGAAAAUUUAUUGGAAAAGCAGAAUGUUAGGAUCAAGCAUCUAGAAGAAGAAGCAACUACAUGGAGGCUUAAAUAUGAGGAAGCAAUAAAUGACUCUCAGGGACAAGGAGAUAAUUAAACGUUGUAAAUGGAUAUUUGGUAGUCAUGGUGCUGUACUGUACUUAUAUUAUAAGAAUAAGGUUGAAAUUGUGAUAUGAAAUUAAAUUAGAAAUUUAUUUAUGUUUUGGAAUAUAUGUAUAAUAAUACUAACAUUGUUAUUUUGUGUCUGAGAAUUGCAUAAUGUAUAAAAAAAUAAUCUCAAGUUUUAUUUGUAAUAUAUAUUAUGUAGUUCAAGUAUUUGGUGGAUGAGAAAUAUUUAAAAAGAAUACACAGUUUUAAACAGUUGUAUUUCCAACACAUUUCGAAAAGUAACAAUCUAAAAAACAUAAUAUGUGCUAUUAUUUUCUUAAAUAUUAUUUAAGUACUUUAUGUAAUUGUUACAUCUAACAUGAUUCAUGUACUAAUCACAUAAUCAGUAAU